AUGUCGUCUCAGACUUACUACUUUGAUUUCUUUGAUUUUUCUUUUUCACUGCAGGCAAUCUCUGGGCUGGAAACUGUCAGCAUCUGGCUCUCUUCACUUUCAUUUGUAUUGUGCCACUUCUGGGGAAACAUCACAAUCCUGUUUGUUACCAGGACUGAUCCGAGCCUCCAUGAGCCCAUGUACCAAUUCCUCUCCAUGCUGGCUACCACCAGUUUGGCUUUGUCUCUGUCUACAACACCAGCUGUGAUGAGUGUAUUCUUUUUUGAUGCCAGGCAGGUUAGUCUUGAUAUUUGCUUUGCUCAGUCUUUUUUAACUCAUUCGUCCUCAUUCUUGGAGUCCUCAGUGCUUCUGACCAUGGUCUUUGAUUGUUACAUGGCCAUCUGCUACCUGCAGAUAUACUCCUCCAUCCUCACCAGUGCCAGGAUAGGCAGGAUCAGGCAGGCUGCCCUGUGCACAUGUGCCUUACUGACUGUCCCCUCAUUUGUGGUAUUAAAAGGAUUGCCAUUCUGCCAGUCCCGCGCGCUCUCCCACACCUACUGUCUGCAUCAGGACCUGAUCAAGCUGGUGUGUGCAGACUUCACGUUCAGUAACUGGUAUGGCUUCACUUUAGCCAGUGUCUUUCUGACGUUAGUCCUCAUCCUCAUCUUUGUGUCAUAUAUAUUGAUUGCUAGGGCCAUUCUGAGCAUCACGUCCCAGAGGGAACAUCAAGCUUUGAACAACUGCCUGUCCUGUAUCCUGGCAGUCCUGAUCCUGUACAUCCCCAUGGUUGGCUUGUCCAUGGUUCCCCAGUAUGGCCAGCAUGCUUGCCCUAUCAUUCAUGUCUUCAUGGCCAACAUCCACCUGCCGGUCUUUCCCGUGCUGAACCCCAUCAUCUACAGCAUAAAAACUAAACAGAACCACAGGGGCAUCCUCAUGGUCCCCUUGCCCGGGUAUCCCUGCACGAGGCAGGGACAGGUCACAGCUGUGGGACGAGACCUGGUAUGA